AUGAUACCUGGGGGUAAGAAAAGUUUUUAAACUUGGGUCAUUAGACGUUUCUGGGAAACUGUCCACCUACCCCUCCCCUAAGCCGUCAUGAAACUGUCCACCUACCCCUCCCCUAAGCCGUCAUGAAACUGUCCACCUACCCCUACCCUGAGUCGUCUUUAACCCUUACUUCUCACUUAAGGCAAAAUGUUGGCUUAGGGGAGGGGUAGGUGGGCAGUUUCCCAGAAACGUAAAAUGAUCCCCAAAGGGCUUGCUCUGCGAAAAUGUUUGGGACAUUUUGUUAAGUUUCAACCUUUAUGUCUGCAAAAAUCACCAACAAAUUAUUAUGGUUCGUGCUUCCUGAUAAAAAUUUAUUCGAUGUCGUCGUCUUAACUAACUGUACAGAAGCAUUUUCGGUAUGGGAAAAAGAAAUUUAAUAAAGACUUAAGCACUGAUGUGACCUUAAACAGCAAUGUACUCGUGACAUACCCCUUUUAUCAUAACCAGUCUGUUCUUCUUAGUUUCCUCAGGAGCUUGCUAAACCAAAGAGAACCGUACUAUGUACUGAGGUACACGGAGAGUGGAGGAGCUUUUAACACUGGGCUAUCCACGAAUCCCUGGGGAUGGUGACAUAACCCUGUUAAAAUAACUACUCUGUUUUUCUUAGUUUCCUCAGGAGCUUGCAUACCCAAAGAGAACAGUACCAUGUACAUACGUGGAGAGGGGAUGAGCUUUUCUACACGCGACUAUCCACAAAACCCUGGGGUUGGAACCUGCAGUUGGAAUAUCAGUGCCCCGCUUGGGUACUUCAUAAAGCUCUCUUUUUGGAGAUUCUUGGGGUUGUGCAACCAGAGCUAUGCGGAAGUGUUUGAUGUUUCGAGCUCCACUACUGUGUUUUUAGGAAAGUAUUGUGAUUAUUAUUUAAACAAAACUAUGAUUUACUCAAAAGGAAAUAACGUAAUCGUUAAGUUUUCGCAACUUUCAACUUCACCUGAACAAGGCGGGCUGAUCGCAACGUACGAAGCUUUAAAGACGGUCCCAGCGCGGUACUCUUGUUCCAGAGAAAACACACGCAUCAACCUUCGGGGCCUUCAUGGUGAACUCGCAAGUUUAGACUAUCCUCUUCUGUACCCUAACAAUGUUGCAUGCUCAUGGGAUAUUGAAGUUCCGACAGGAUAUCUUAUCCAGCUCACCUUUCAUUCAUUUGCUCUGGAAUAUUCUCCAAAAUGUCGAGCGGACUAUGUGGAGAUUAAACAGGGUAUGGACAUUUCCUGGUCCACUGUGAUCGGAAGGUACUGUGGAACAUCUCUGCCCCCAGUUCUUCUCUCAAACUACCCCAAAGUUUACAUUGACUUUGUAGCUAAUAGCUUGGCAAGAUAUCGGGGAUUCCACGCGAGCUUCACUGCAGUGCCCGACCGUAAGUAAAGCUGGUUUUUAGUGCCUUAACGGUUUAUAACAAAGCCAUAAGAGUAAUCAGCAUACUGAUACCUUAACAAUUUCUCCCCACUACUUCUAUGGGAAACGUAUAGAGAAAACAAUUGAGAAUUUAAAUUUUGAUAUUAAGGUUUAAAAGGUUAAUGGUGCAUUUUGAGGUUGCGCUUGAGUCUGGGGCGGUGUUUUGCACCUUUUCUUUUUUGUCCAUGCAGCUGAAUUGCCGAUACUUUGUGGCGAAGUUCGUUUCUCAAUCAACAAUAUCAACAAAUUUAUUUCACUGCGCUACCCAAACACAGCAAAAGCUGAUUACAAACAAAUAGAAACAGUUAUGGUGUUCACAACAGCUACAAAAUUUCAGAGAAUAAUUAAUUACGUAAAAUUUACACAAUAUAGCUAGUUCUACUAUAUAUGUUGGUGUAAUGUUUUUGUAGGCGCCUUUUCAAACGCAUCGUUUGAUACGUUUAUAGAUAUAAUAAGCCUUCUAGCUCAUAAAUGAUGGAUGUCCCCGGUCAAAGUACGGUAGCGUAUAUGAGAUUGUCAUUUGCACUGUUAAAUAAUUUGUGCUGUUGAUCUACGUUGACUAAAAGACGUGUUUUAGAAAUGAAAGUGAGGACUUGUCGGCGCCAGGCAAAGUAGUUUUCGUUCUUGUGUGCUGUUAAGCAUGUUUAAACGGAAGAAAAAUCGUUAUUUAGAGAAAGAUGGAGAAUUUUUAUCAUGAUAUUUACUAACUGUUAAAUGUUUGAGAGCAAGCAAGGUUUAUUAUGGGCAAAGCGAGCGGAAUGGCGAAUGCCACACUUAAUUGACCCUCGCCAAAGAAGUUAUCAUCCUUGUCCAUGUAUUUGGAGUAAUGUAUAAUUUUUCUUUCUUUUGAUUGCCUUUUUCAACUGCUUGCUUUAAUUUACAGCGUCUGUAGGGCCCUGCAAUAGCAAAGGAACCAUUACCAUGUCUGGUAAAAGAGGACGACUAUUCUCACCUCGUUAUCCCAAACCAACCCCUCCCAGAAGUAUCAACUGUACGUGGAUGAUAACAGUCCCCAAAGGAAAUUUUGUGAAGUUGCGAUUAACCUCUAUCAAGUUAGACGUAGAUUGCAGCCCUCAUUCCACCUUCGAAAUUCGUGACGGUCAAAAUUCCUCCAGCCGCUUGUUGAGGUCAAUCUGUGAGCAGCCGUUUUACGGGUCCUCCUUCUUCUCUAGUGGUCGCCAUCUUUGGGUUUGGUUUCAGAGUCCGAAGCAGGAUUGGACUUACUACUUCACGUUCAGCGCAUAG